AUGUAUGAGGCGGCAGAGCAGCAACUCGCCCUCGUUUCCCGCAAGACACAUCGGCUUGGCGAGGUCCUGCGGCAGCAGAUUGAUGCACUGAAGGAGUUGCGCACAGCACGCAUGGCGGCGUUUGCCGAACGUGACGAGCUGCGCCAACGGCUGCGUGUCGUGGAGGAGAGGGCCAACGCCGUUGAUUGCAAGCACAACGAGGCGGAGUGUUGCCUGCGGCGUACGGCGGAGGAGUUUGCUGCGACGCAGCUGCUGCAGAAGCAAUAUGAGAACACACUGGCCGAGCUGAAGGGGCGCCAACGUGUUGUAGUUCGGGUGGCUGGUGCCGCGCCCCGUAGCGGGGGUCCCGCGUGGGAGGAGGCAUCCCGGGACGAGUACCCGAAGAAACCACCGCAGCGAACGCAGGAGAAACAACAGCAACAACGCGAGGGAGAAGAAGAAGAAAGGAAUUACCGGGCGAGAAUUGCCGUGACAGAUGAGUGCACCGUGGUGGAUUUAGACCGACGGCGCACGUUUGUCGUGGAUUUGGCGUACGCCAUGACGUCUCUUCGGCGACGCAUGCCAUCGGAAUCUGCACUAGCAGCGGCUUCUGGCAUUUCUUCCGCCCCGGCUGCAUCUGAGGCAAUCCCUGCGGAGAACACAACCACGCAAAAUUUUAUGAUUGAUGAGGAUCUUUUUGCCACCCUUCGCCUGGAGCAUGUCAUUGCGGAUGUUCUGUCGGGUGUAAACAUGGUGUUUCUUUCCUUUGGGCCGGCGGGUGCUGGAAAGACAGAGACUCUCUUUGGCACAAAGGCAGCCAUCAUCCAGCACGAGAUGUUACAAAAAAGAGGGCGACAACAACAACAACAACAACAACAACAAUCUUCUCGUCAUUCACGUUGUUCUGGUAGUAAUGGACGGGGGAUGUCUGUGGAGGUGUUGUCCAAAUCGCCCCAAGUUUGUGGGGCCACGGCGGGCCUUCUGUCGCUGUUUGUCCACGGCCUCUUCGACAGCCUUGUCUCGCACGCCGUCACACAUGUUAGCAUCUCUUGUAGUUUUGUGGAACUUGCCAUGAACCAAACCGUUGA